AUGAAGUUUGCUAUUUUCUCCGCUCUCUCACUCCUCUCACUUGCAGCCAGUGCAUUUGUUAUGCCCCAUGCUGACAACCGUGAUGAAGAGGAUUCCAAACUUUGGAAACGCAAUGCACCAAUGGGUGCAGGAGAUGUCACUGUCGCUACCGUUGCCACAGUGACCGAAGUUGCUACUAUUGCUACCAUUGCCACAAUCACUGAAGCUGCUACGGUCGUCAUAACUACCGAUGCUGCCACUACAACCACCGUUGCUGCUACCACUACUGCUACCGCGCCUGCUCCACCAAAAAAGAAGGGAGGAAUGGGCAAAAAGGGAAAAGGUAAAAAAGGCAGGAAAGGCAAGAAAGGAAAGAAGGGCAAAAAAGGCAUGAAAGGCAAAGGAAAGAAGGGCAAGAAAGGCAUGAAAGGCAAGAAAGGAAAGAAGGGCCGCAAAGGAAUGAAGGGCAAGAAAGGAAAGAAGACUGGAAAUGGCGGAAACGGUGGAAAUGGUGGAAACGGUGGAUCUGCCACAACUACCACUAUCGAUGUAUCAACUGCUUCUCAAACUGCACCAGCUCAGACUGCACCAGCUCAAACCACAGUAUAA